AUAGGCACUUUCAGAUCACAUACCACAGAUCACUGUGCCUCUGCUCGUGCUCUCUCCCUCCCUCAUCCAUUGCUCCCGUGCCUUUGUCGAGUUUCUUCUAUGAACCUAUUCUCUCUCUGAUACAAGAUAUAGUAACUGAACGAAGAUGAAGACUCAGAAUCAGGGAGAAGGAGUGAGGGAGAUUAGAAACGAGUCACAAACGUUUCCAAAUCUGGCUCAAACUGCGACCUUUUUCUCUUUGUCCGGAACCCCAAUUUGAGCGCGCAUCCUCUUGUUUUUCUCUCUCGGGGCCUCAGGGUUUUGUUUCGUAGAGCACCGGUAUGAGUCAUCGGACUUCUCUGAAUAACAAGCUAGAUCCUGUAGAAUGGGCGUUGUCAAAUUAUAGGGUAUACUAUCUUCUGGUGAGACAACAUUUGUGAACGCAAGUACUCAUGAUGUUCUGAGCUUUAGUGGCUGGAAUACAGGUGAACCCAGCUCUAGACUGAAUCAACAAAAUCAAGUGAAUGAUGAUGUGUUUAAAAUUGAACACAGGUAGUCUUCUUCGCUAAAUGUACAUUCUGGGGCCAGCCCAAGGUUGGAGGAAGGGUGACUUGAAGUAAAUAAUAUCCUUUUUCCUGGGAGAGUUAAUAUUGGCCUUGGUGGCAGUCGGAUUAGAAGUGGGCCUUUGUUCAUGGAAGGCUUCAGCCCUAAUAAUGUCCCUCAGAAUGUGAAUCUAAAUGAAGGAUAUGCGGGUAAUAGUGGGAAUAGUGGUGGGGGCAUGGAAUCUGGUCUAGGCCCUCAUCGUAACAAGUCAAGUGGAGUAGAAAUAGAGCAGACAUCUUCUGCUUGUGGUUCAUCUAAUUAUGUUGAGACUUCGUCUGGAAGCUCCAGCUACAUGGUGGAGGACAGUACUGGUGGCUCAGGCUCUUCUUUGGGGACUUGGGGUUUAUCCUGCAAGCGAAAGGCCCUUGAAGGUACUUCUGGGCAGUCUUAUCCUGGUGGAAGUUCUAACUCCUUUCCACAGGCUGAAAAUGCUGGAUGGCGUGGUGGCUCUGCUGGUUAUAGUUCUUCUAACAGUCUAUUUAUACUCUCCCAGGAUUCUUCUGAUGUUAGUCCUCCAGAACAGCAGAACCUAAGCAUUGGGAUUGGUAUAAGAGGAGGGGCUUCUGAUGCCUUUCCUUCUUCAAGUAUUAUGGGUAAUGCAGAAAUCCCCUUCAGAAAUUUUGGUAGGAGACCAAGUCCUGGAAAUCAGCAGGAAGCUUUACCACUGAAUUUAUCUUCAACAGGGAGUAAUAGGCGUUCUCAUAUUUUCUCCUCUCAUGAAUCACCUAGAUCUGCUCCAUUUGGUGAUUCUCUGGACCAGAGACCCGCAGCAGUAACAUCAGCAAGUUCGGGUGGUCCCCAAAGCCAGUCUCAUGCUAUGCAUGAUCCCGGUUUGUCAGGAAACACACAUCCUUUCCAUUGGAAUGGGGCUUCCACUUCAAGAGUGAGUGGCUUUUCAAAUUCUCUCAACUCUAGAGAAAGAGGCCCUUCAUUAAGAGAAGAACCAAACUUAAGAAGCAUCACAAGAAAUGCUACAGUGCAUCCCAUGUUUGUACCUGCAACUGAUGUGAGAAAUUCUGUAAAUGAUCCAACAAGUUGGAGUUUGGCUUCUAGAAAUAUCGGCAAUUCUGGUGGAGUUACUUCCACUACUAGAGCUGGCCCCAGUUCAAGCAUCCAUAUGUGGCCUAAUUCUACCUGGAUUCCUCACCACAAUCCCCCGGCACAAAAUCAGCUAAGACCAUCCGAAUCCCCAUGGUCUUUGUUUCCCCCCAUUGACUCAGAAUCUGGAGGUCGUAGUGGUCAUUUUACCUCAUUACCUUCAGGCCCUUCUUCUUCUUCACAAGAUGCAGCGAGGUCAUCUGGAUCUAAUGGCCAGGGCCAUCACCAACAAUAUCCGAGGUCUGCAUUUCUUAUGGAAAGACAAACUGAUGAUAUUCUUGGUAUGCCCCAUUCUUUGCGAGCUUUGGCUGUUGACAUUGAAGGGAGACGACGACUAAUAUCUGAGGACUAUAUGUUUUUUGACCCGUUCAUAUAUCAUGGCAUGGCUGAUGUGCACGACAUGCACAGGGAUAUGCGGCUUGAUGUUGAUAACAUGUCUUAUGAGGAACUGCUGGCAUUGGAAGAACGCAUUGGAGAUGUGAACACUGGACUGAGUGAGGAUAGCAUUUUCAAGUUAAUGAAACAGCGAAAACAUUUAACUGUUGCACCAAAUCCUCCAGACUUGGAACCGUGCUGUAUCUGUCAGGAGGAAUAUGUCGAUGGGGAUGGUCUUGGGACACUAGAUUGUGGGCAUGAUUUCCACACCGAUUGCAUCAAACAGUGGCUAAUGCAGAAGAAUUUAUGCCCCAUUUGUAAAACGACAGCCCUGUUGACAUGAGAGGGAUGAUGACAUUGUCUAAUCGUGAAAUGAUUAUUUCCUUGCACAGAUGAAUCAACAAACCCAUAAUUGGGUUGAUAAUAACUUAAACAUACCUUUCUUUCUGAACGCAGUUAUCUUGUUCACGAACUGCAUGGGUUCACGAAGACGAAAAGGUGUAGUUAUCUGUAAGAGGGAAAAAAAAAA